GCCAAAUCUGGCCUGCUGGUGUCGCGACGGCGGUGGUGACAGAACUCGCCAUGGAUCCUGAAAACCACGAGCACAUGCUGUAUCAGGCCAAAGCUCAGAUCGACUUGGGGGGCACGGCUGUGGCGAAAACCAUAGGCAAACUCCUUGGUCGACAGGCGUCCACGCGUAUCCUACAGCGCCUCACGCGCCCCUGCGCCGUCCACUACCCAAACUUGCACGUCGCCACCAAGUACACGGCCGCGUACUUGCGCGCCUGCCGCGCAUUGUUUCGACCGGUGGACAGCCACGGACACAUGGCCCUGCACCACCUCCGACCAACGCUGGAGCGUCAUGGGUUGCUCGGACACGACGACGACAAUGCCAAUGUGGACGCGUGGCUGCAACGCCCCCAAGAUGGGCACAUCACGUUCCCCGACUUCGUCGACGCAUGCUUUACGCUCGUGGGCCCGUCUCUGGCUGCCAAGUGGGUCAGCAGAGGGGGCAGUACCGGGGACAACUGGCGUGCUGCGUCGAGCUUGUCGAACGUGUCGAUUGCCGACGCCAAGGUUCAGCAUCAUCCAUACGAUGCCAUGAUGGACCAACACAGACACGCAGUGGGGUUUUCCUAUGAAGCCCAUGCUGCCAACAACCCGAUCCAAGCUCAAAGGCAGCAGGACAUCACGACGCUGUCCCAUUCGCACAGCCUCGUCAUGGACACUCCCUAUCGGUGCAUUCGACGAGUCGUCAGCGACCAAGACUUGCACGACCAAGCGGCGGCGGAAGUCGCAAAGAAGGCGCUCAAGGUCAAGACCCAGCGGCACUUGGCUGCCACUCAACGGCACUCUCUCGAACAGCGCACUGCGAGUGCACGGAACUUUGCGUGCAGCGUAGGCAUGGUCGCCCGCCACAUUCAAAUUGGCGAAAUCAAGGAGAAGCGACAGAUGGGACAUCAGGAGAAAGUGGCCCAUGUGCAUCGGCGAAAGCACGAGAACCAGAGUUUGCGAGCGGAAAUGGAAGAUUUCAAUGCCCGAGUCCAAUUGACCAAGAUACAAGACAUGCACCUAAUGAAAGCCCAGAUGCACGACAAGCUCACCUUCGAGCAGCAAAAGAAGGUGUGUACGAUGGUUAUACCCUCAAUCGAGGUUUCAUUGCACGAUGGCUAGGAAUACAGGGAAGAAAUGAUCCGGCGGCAAAAGGAUCUGUUUACCAUCUCCGACUCGACAUGCACCCUGCAGCGACGGCCGCCUGAAUUGCUAGCGGCGUUGGCCGGAGUGCAAACGCCCAAGCAACAAAAGAGCCUCGCGAUUGCGGAACACAGAUACUUCGAGCAAAGCCGAAGCCAGCAACUGCGGGAUUACAAGCACGACAAGGAAGACGCCAAGCCGAAGCGAUAUUUACGCGCACCGAUCGUUGACGUGGACCAGCAAGAUCCGGACGAGGGAUGGCACAACGCAGAGGCGGAGCUCACGGCUGCGAUGAAUGCGUUGUAUGCAGAAUGGGUCCAGGAGCAGAGAGACCUUUCGCCCCUGAUUCCCACGGCCAAUUCGCCUCCUGCAGCACAGCGCUACUACGGCACCAUCAAGCAAAUGCCACCGUCGCCCUUCAUGUCGUCCACGCAGCGAUAAAGUUGAAUUUGCCACGGUUUUUAACGUUCGUAACCUCUGUAAUUUGAUUCCUGGCAUUUGAUUGGCUACACGAUGCCAAUCAGCGACGUGGA